CUUUUUAACGGCUUUCUAAAUUUCCAUUAAAAAAUCAUCUUUUUUUUUGUUUUAAUUUUAUUCUUGAUAAUCCAUAAAAAGUAAUUUCAGCUGAUGAUUUCCCAGUUUUAGUUUUGAUUUAUGAGAGAGAAAGAGUGAGAUUUUGAUGAUGAUGAUGUUUAUGACCCACCACCACCAUAUAGGGCCAGUGUUGGUAUGGACAAGAGCAAUCUAUGCCUUUGAUCACCAAUUGUUCGAUGAAAUUCCCCAAAGAAUUUUCCCACCCAAAAAUAAAAUAAAAUAAAACAGCUUCACCUGGGUCAUUGUCUUUGCUAAAUUUCUGUGUUUCUUCCUCAUUUCACUCUCUUUAGCCCCACUUUCACUGCCACCAUCUCUUCUGUCUACUUACACAAGAAUCCCAAUUCUGUUUUCUCCCUCCUUUUUCGUGUUCUUCUUCUUCAUCAUCGUCUUCCUCAUUGGCAAUGGACCGCGCUGAUAGGCACCACCUUCCCUUGUCUAAAAGCUCGCGACAGCGUUCCAACGAAUGGAUAUUUAGAGAUGUUCCCAGUGAUAUCACCAUAGAAGUUCCUGGAGGGACAUUUGCGCUUCAUAAGUUCCCUUUAGUCUCCCGUAGUGGAAGAUUACGCAAGUUAAUAGCUGAUUACCGAGAUUCUGAUAAAUCAAAGAUUGAGCUUCCCAACCUGCCUGGAGGUGCUGAAACAUUUGAGUUGGCAGCAAAGUUUUGCUAUGGAAAUAACUUUGAGAUCACGCCAGCUAAUGUUGCCCAGCUCUGCUGCAUCUCUGAUUACCUGGAAAUGACUGAAGGUUACUCGAAAGACAGUCUUGGUUCUCGAGCUGAAGAAUACCUUGACAGUGUAGUUUGCAAGAACCUGGAAAUGUGCGUUGAAGUUCUAAAGCAAUGUGAAGCCCUUCUCCCACUGGCAGAUGAACUGAAAAUAGUUGGGAGGUGCAUUGAUGCUAUAGCCUCCAAGACAUGUACAGAACAGAUUGCUUCAAGUUUCUCAAGGUUGGAGUACAGCAGCUCAGGGAGGCUAAACUUAUGCAGGCCUGUGAAAUGUGAAGGGGACUGGUGGAUUGAAGAUCUUUCAGCCCUUCGAGUAGACUUGUACCAAAGAGUUAUAUCAGCAAUGAAAUGUAGAGGGGUUAGACCAGAGAGUAUAGGUGCUUCACUUAUAAACUAUGCAGAAAAGGAGUUGACAAAGAAAGCCAGCUUGUGGAAUGCUUCUGGCCAAUCAAGACCCGAUGUUAUUGCUGGGUCUGGUAGCCAUGAAAGAAUUGUGGUUGAAACAAUUGUCAGUCUAUUGCCGGUAGAGAAACUAGUUGUGCCUUUAAGUUUCCUAUUUGGGCUUCUGAGAAGUGCUAUUUUGCUGGAUUGUUCUGUUGCAUCCAGGCUUGAUCUAGAGAGAAGGAUUGGAUCCCAAUUAGAUAUGGCCACUUUGGAUGACAUCUUGAUCCCUUCAUUUCGUCAUGCUGGAGACACUCUAUUUGAUGUGGAUACGGUUCAUAGGAUCUUGAUUAACUUCUCUCAGCAAGAUGAUAGUGAAGAAGAAUUAGAAAAUGUAUCCGUUUUUGAAUCAGAUAGUCCUCAGUCACCUUCUCAGGGUGCUCUGUUUAAAGUCUCAAAGUUGGUGGACAAUUACCUUGUUGAGAUUGCCCCGGAUGCAAACCUCAAGCUUAAUAAGUUUUUAGUUAUUGCAGAAGCUUUGCCAGAACAUGCACGCACCGUUCAUGAUGGAUUAUAUAGAGCAAUUGACGUUUAUUUGAAGGCACACCAAGCUUUAUCAGAUGCUGAAAAAAGGAAGCUUUGCAAGCUGAUUGACUUCCAAAAGCUGUCACAAGAAGCGGGAGCACAUGCAGCUCAAAAUGAGCGGCUUCCACUACAGUCAAUAGUCCAAGUACUCUAUUUCGAGCAGCUAAGACUCCGAAAUGCCUUAGGUUGCUCCUUCCCAGAAGAAGAACCAAAGCCGAUGUUUCAUUCAUGGCGUGUGAAUAGUGGAGCUCUAAGUGCAUCAAUGUCUCCCAAAGACAACUAUGCUUCACUAAGGAGAGAGAAUAGAGAGCUAAAACUUGAGCUGGCUCGGAUGAGAAUGAGACUCAAUGAUUUGGAAAAGGAUCAUGUUUGUAUGAAAAGGAACAUGCAAAAAUCUGGUUCUCGGAAAUUUAUGAGCUCUUUCUCAAAGAAGCUAGGCAAGCUAAGCUUCUUUGGACAUACUUCUUCCAGGGGAUCGAGUUCUCCUACUCCUUCAAGACAGUCGCAGAUAACAGAUUCAAAGGUGACCGAUAGAACGUAUUGAUGUUUUGGCAUGAGCAGCAAUGCAAACAAGGGGUUUUCAGCUUCCUUUUUUCUUGCUACUUGCCAUGCUCUGCCUCUUAAUUAAUUUUGUAUAUGAUUUUAUGCCUUUUAGUGAUAACACUCCUUUUUUCGGAUUAAGAAAUGUUACAAAGAAAUAGAGAUCCUGUAUUAUUUUUGCAGUUACUCCAGUUUUUUUCUUGGUAUAUAUAAACUUAAAACUUAUUAUAUACA